AUGCCAAACUUUUGCACAACCCCGUAUUCAUCCCUCCCGCCUGCGCCCGUGUUCAUCCCACCCCGCCUGACACGUCCCUCCCCCGGGCAACUCUUCCGCCCUCCCCCGCUGUCUGGAGCCAUAUUGCACGCUGAAAAGCAGUUCCCAAAGAACCCGGUGCCAAAGAUGGUGGACCGUCUGGCCAACAGUGAGGCCAAUUCCAAGCGCAUCACGGUGGUGGAGAGCUGCUUCGGUACAGCGGGGCAACCCCUAGCCAUUCCUGGACGCGUGCUCAUCGGCGAAGGCAUCUUGACAAAGUUGUGCCGGAAAAAGCCUAAGCUGCGGCAAUUCUUCCUCUUCAAUGACAUUCUAGUCUAUGGCAACAUUGUGAUCCAGAAGAAGAAGUACAACAAGCAGCACAUCAUCCCACUGGAGUCUGUCACAAUAGACACAGCGCCUGACAAUGUGGAGUAUGACUUGCAUAAUGGCUGGCUCAUAAAAACACCCACAAAGUCCUUCAGUGUAUUUGCUGCCACCGCUACAGAAAAGUCUGAGUGGAUGAACCACAUAGGGAAGUGUGUGGGAGACCUGCUGCAGAAAAGUGGCAAGGCACCCGCAGGCGAGCACGCGGCAGUCUGGGUCCCGGACUCAGAGGCGUCUGUGUGCAUGCGCUGUCAGAAGGCCAAGUUCACCGCAGUCACCAGGCGCCACCACUGCAGGAAGUGCGGUAUGGUGGUGUGUGGACCCUGCUCCGAAAAGCGAUACCUGCUACCCAGUCAGUCAUCUCGGCCCGUGAGAGUGUGUGACUUCUGCUACAACGCACUCACCGAAGGUAACGGUGGCACGGCACAGCGCAUCAGACAAGAUGCAUUCAACAACAACGGCGGCGUGGCAUCGGAGGAAGAGGACGACGAUAGCAGCGACUAG